AUGAGAAGCACAGCUGAGACAGCCAGCAAACAAACAGCAGGCAGGAACCAAGUGCUGUGUCUGCUGGGAAAGAUGCCAAAAGGUGUUUCCACUUUCAUUCGUCCUUUUGUGCUCUUACUUAGUUUCUCCACUAUUUGUCUGGGAGUUCUUUGUGUUUCCACAAGUUCCUCCACAUGCAGAUGUGGAAAUAAUGAGCUGGUGUUUUAUUGCCUAUUGGCUUUGGGGUUCUUUCUUCUUGUGACUGGCAUUUUCUGGAGCACUUUCCAUGAAGUCUUGAAAUACAGGGGCCUCAGCAGCAUCUUCAUUCGAAAUCCCAGCCGUAGAGAGCUAUGUGUCAGCACCAUAGACAGGCCUGACUUCUAUCCCCCCUCCUACGAAGACAGCACAGAUCCUGAAAAACAGACCUUCCCACUCCCAGUUGCCUCCACACUAAAACAGCAAGAAGUCAUCAAUAUCCCUCCGCCUCCGUAUAGCGAAAGCAGCACAGAGUUCAUCAGUGAAACUAAUGAGCAGGAACAGCCACCACCAUAUGAAUUAUCUGUGCAGCAGCUAUGGCAGCAGCAAACAGCUGACCAAAACUCAAACCCCAGAGCAGAGUCAAAUUCUCAUCCAUCCACACAAGAAAACAGUUACCAACAGGAUACAGACUGCCAGGGGACCUCAGAAAGAGCAGUGCCUAUCAGAACGUCUGAGACAGGCAGGGGGAAAAAUCCUGUAUCUGGGAAGCAGGGAAAAUUGGCAGGAGACACGUGUCAGUGAUCCCCAAUAGUACAUCACUUAGGGCGAAGCUUCCCAGGAGAAGCAUUGGCCAUUUGUGUGUUUGAAUGGAGUUGGAGGGGAUAUUAUAAAGGUGCUCAGUAUUUCAAAGCAGAGUGAAUCUCAUAGAAACGAUUGGGCUGUAUCUUAUAAAAGCCAACAUCACGGGCAAUUAGAGUUUCUUAUGCUGCAAGAUAAAUGAAGCAUCAUGCUGUUAUCAAUCUUAAUGUCUUGCGCCUCAUAAGGAGU